CCCGCCACCGGCCCGGGAGCUCGAGCCGGCUCCGACUCCGGCUCGGGCGUGUGCCCAUGGGGGCGGCCGCGACGGCGACGGUGACGUGGAUAUCCUCGCUCUGCUCCGCACGAGGGGCCAGUUCAAGGAGCAGCUCAUGGAGUGCAACGCUGCCGUUCUUGCCGAGAAAGAAAAUUUCCUUGAUUAUCCAAUUGAAGAAAAUUCUAUCCAGAGUGACACAAAAAAAUUGCAAGACGCUAUAGAGAAAGCAAAAGGCUCUUUCCAGAACAAGACAUUGGCCUUGCAAAGAAUCCAAAUUAUGGAUGCCUUGAGAAAGAAAUUGAAACAAGAUGAUAAGGACUCACGGCUGAUCUUGGAAACAAUAAAACACAUACUGUUGCUUAGCCGGACAAUAAUUGAAUAUCAGCAGCAAGCACGUCAGAAGGAAGAAGAGUUGAUUGACAUUAAAAGGAAAAGACUUUUACUAAAAAACAGAGAACACAAACUACAGGAAAUGCAGACCACGAUGAAAAAGGAAAAGGAGAAAAAAGAAAGUGUGAAUGGUGUUGAAAUACAGGAGAUGCAUGAAACAUUAGAGAGAGCAAGAGAGACAACUACAAUACUUCAAAAUGUGCUCCAGGGCAUCAUAUUUGGAAGCACAGUUAACUGGGCAGAAUAUCCAUCUUUAAAGGAAAUUGUUCUACAGCUUGAAAAAAAUGUCUAUUUUCAGUGAGUCAGGAGACAUGCUAUAUUUUAUAUGUUUAUUUUUACAGUGUAUGCAUUUGUAUGUAUGUAUUAUACAAUGUAUGCAUUAACUGAACUCAACAGAUUGUGUCUCAAAAACACACUUCAAGAAUUUAAAGAUUUUGAUUUUUUGAAAGGUGUUGUUCUCUCUAGAGAACUAGAAUGUGUCCAAGCAAUUCUUUGAAAUUAAAUUUAUCUUCUGGUGGAACAACAAACAUUUGAACAAGUAGUAGAGCUGAUGAAAAGAAACUACCUGAAGACUAAUUUCUCAAGCUGUGCUGUCUGGAGCGCUCAUUUUCCUCUGAAAGGCAACAAUAAUGCAAGAAAGGUUUCAAGGUUUAAUGCAGAAAUGGACUUAAACUGAGGCUUUGCUGUACCCCUUUCCUGGGGACCAGCAGGCCGCGGGGCUCAAGCAGGGUGCACAACCCUGCUCUGUCCCAGUCAAAAGCUCAAUCUGGAAAAUUUAUUACAAGUCCGGAGUUGGGAUUAUUUUUUUUUUAAGGUAUUUUUUAUAAUCAUAAACACCACAAAUUUUGUGCUCUUGUUAGCAGUGACUCUUGUCUGCAAAAGUGAAUUCAUGCCAUCAACUGUGCAGCUAAGCAGUGUUUUAAUUAUAUGUCUUGACUAGCAUUUGCGCUUUUGUCAUUUGGUGUUGUUUGUUUUACGUUUAUAGGAAAUGGACUCUUGGGAUGUAGCACAUUUUGGGAGUGUGUAGUGUUCCUUGUCUUGGUUAUGAACUUUAUUUUUAACUUGGUGAGUGAUCACUUGCUAUCUUUUUAGGCGGGUGCCUUGAUUUUAUAAUAAAAAUAAAACGCUUAU